AUGAUCGGUCGUAUUUUAUAUCGCCGCGCAUUGGCGACAUCUUAUCAAGUUUUGAAAUUAUUAUCAAAUCAAAGUUUGAUUCCAUCAACCAGAAAUGGAUCAUUGCAAUCGUUUAACUAUCCAAGUUUAAAAAAUUCACUAGUUCGUACCUAUUCAGAACAAGUUAAAGUGGAAGAUGUUGCAGUUGACUUUGACUAUGUUAAGAAAGCAAUAAAUAAUCGCAAUAUCCUAAUAAUUGAUGUCCGGGAACCCAAUGAAGUUACGGAACAUGGAAAAAUUCCAAAUAUGGGCAAUGUAACAUCUGUACUUAGUACUAUGCCAGAAAAUGAAUUUGCUAAACAAUAUAAUAAACCGAAACCCUCAGAUGAUAGUGAAAUAAUUUUUUAUUGUAUGAUUGGCAAAAGAUCGGGUAUGGCUCAGCAGAAUGCUCUCAACCUUGGUUACAAAAAUGCUAAGAAUUAUCUUGGAAGUUAUACAGAUUGGGCAAGUAAAACACAGUGA